AUGGCGUUAUUUCAUUUUCUAGUUCUUAGUUUGUGCAUAGCAUGUUGCAAAGUUGAUGCAAGAAGCAAAGCUCAACUAAAAGAGCAAAACCAUUUUACCGCAUCAGAUAGCACUAUGCGUCAAGUGGACAAUGAAUUUAAGUGUGUUGAUAUCUACAAGCAACCUGCCCUACAACAUCCCUUGCUAAAAAAUCACAAAAUUCAGCUUUAUCCAACAUUCGCGAAGCAUGUCAUGCAAAGUAGACCAUCUUAUGAUCGUGAAUGCCCAGCAGGAAAAGUUCCUAUUUACAAGAGGAUAAAAAGACACCAAUUUGUCAAUAAUUCGUCUUCGAAAUUAUCAAUUGCAGAUUUGCGACAUUAUGCCCAAAGUACCAAGGAAUUUCAUACCGUUACUCUCGAUUCAACCCAAAAUCAGAUAUUUUAUGGAGCAUUCGCGAAGAUAAGUGGAUAUAAUCUAUCAGUCAACCCCUACCAGUAUAGCACAUCUUCAGUUAUUGUUGAAAGUGGUCCACCAUCUGAACUUAAUAGCAUACACGCUGGACUUGGGGUUCGUCCAGAUAUAUAUGGAGAUAGUCAACUACGACUAACUACACUUUGGACGGCAUUUGGUAGCGGUAAUCCUGGAUGUUCAGAUAAUAAGUGUGUUGGUUUCGUCCAAGUCACUCAAGACAAAGAAUAUUCUCUUGGAUCUGUCCAAUAUCCCACUACUCCUAUUGGGGCAUCAGAGAAAUAUCAUCUUGAAUUCAAAAUUCAACGGGAUAAAUCCACAGGUAAUUGGUGGUUAAUUGUUAAUAACCCCGAAGUACAAGUUGGAUAUUGGCCAAGAGAUAUUUUCACACACUUAAGUACAGGAGCAUCUAAGGUUAGAUUUGGCGGUGAAACUUUUGCUGCACCUAAUACGGUAAGUCCCCCAAUGGGUAGUGGGAGAUUACCUCAAGAUGGAUUUCAAUAUUCAGCUCUCAUGGGAGUACUUCAACAUAUUGAUACAAAUUAUAAUCAAAUUGAUCUAUAUCCUGCAUAUAUGAAGAACUCUCUAUUAUGUAAUUUUGAUGCACCUAAUACAUUGAGUCCUCCCAUUGGUAGUGGAAGAUUGCCUCAAGACGGUUAUCAAUACACAACCCUCUUUGAAAGAACUCAACAUAUUGAUACAGAUUAUGAUCAAAUUGAUGUAAUACCUGAAUAA